GGGGGGAGCAGGUGUGUAUAAAAGAGAAGAUGAGGAAGGACAGACACUCUGUCUCCAGGCAAGCAGGCAGGCAGGCAGGAUGCGGGCAGCGAUGGACCUUCUGUGGCUGGUGUCUUUCACCCUGAUGCUACCCGCCCUCUAUCAGUGCGAUCCACUCUACAUCAUGAGCACCCCCAAUCUGUUGCGCGUGGGCAGCAAAGAGAAGGUAUUUGUGGAGGCCCAGGAAUACAAUGGAGGUAACAUCGAGGUGGAAAUUGCAGUAAAGGACUUCCCAGCCAAAAACAGGGAGUUCUUCAGCAGAAAAGUUCCUCUCACCUCUCAGAAUAAAUUCCUGGCUCUUCAGGAAAUUGAAAUCAGAGAAGAUGCAUUUGACAGAACAUCAACUAAAAAACAGUAUGUGUACUUACAAGCAAAGUUCCCCCAACAUCAACUGGAGAAAGUAGUUCUUCUGUCCUUCCAAGCUGGCUACAUUUUUGUUCAGACUGAUAAAACCAUCUACACACCAACCAGCACGGUUCAUUACAGGAUCUUCACCCUGAACCCCAGCAUGGAACCUGUUAACAAUGGUGUUUCAGUUGAAAUCAUGACCCCUGAUGGAAUAACGAUUGACAGAGUCCAAGUGCUUCCUGCCAAAGGUGUCACAUCAGGAACCUUUAAACUGCCAGAAGUGAUCAGCACUGGCACAUGGAAAGUGGUGGGGAAAUUCCAGAAAACUCCACAAAUGAAUUUCACUGCUGAGUUUGAGGUCAAGGAAUAUGUACUUCCAACAUUUGAGGUCAGUCUGGACGCUGAACAAUCAUUUUUCUAUGUGGACGAUAAAGAACUGCUUAUCGACAUAACAGCCAAGUACCUCUACGGGAAGGAGGUGAAUGGAAAGGCAUUCGUGGUGUUUGGCUUGAUGACUCCAGAAGGAGAGAAGAAGAGCCUUCCGGGGUCUCUCCAGAGGGUGGAGAUCAUCGAAGGGAAGGGAAAAGCGAAACUGGAGAGGGAGCACAUCCUACAGGUCAGCCCCAACAUGGAGCAGCUCGUUGGAUCGUCCAUCUAUGUGUCCGUCAGCGUCAUGACCAGAACAGGCACGGAGAUGGUGGAGGCGGAGAAGAAGGGCAUCCUCAUCGUCACCUCACCCUACUCCAUUCACUUCCAGAAGACGCCCCAGUACUUCAAACCCGGGAUGCCGUUUGACAUUAUGGUUUACGUGACAAACCCAGAUGAAAGUCCUGCUGAAAAUAUCCGGCUGAAGGUUUCUCCAGGAAAUGUGUAUGGCGAUACGAACAAGGAGGGCCUGGCCAAGCUCACCAUCAAUACUGGCGGGGGGGCCAAUGACCUCAAAGUUACUGUGGAAACGAUAAUGGAAGAACUGAAAGCACAGCAACAGGCAAGGAAGACGAUGGUGGCCCAGCCCUACCUAACAUAUCAGAACUCCCAGAACUACCUGCAUAUCGGGAUCACCUCAGCCGAGCUAGCAAUCGGCGACAACCUGCUCGUAAAUCUGAACCUUAAGAACAAUCCAGGGGUCCAGGAUCAGAUCAGUCACUUCACAUACCUGGUAGUGAACAAAGGACAGAUUGUGCAUGCGGACAGACAGGAGAGGCAGAAAGGUCAAUCACUGGUGACCUUGUCGCUGCCGAUCAGGAAAGACAUGAUCCCAUCAUUUCGGCUGGUGGUUUAUUACCACCUGGGAGCAGCAGAGGUGGUGUCAGACUCGGUCUGGGUGGAUGUGAAGGACACCUGCAUGGGGACGCUCAAAAUCACCUCGAAGAAGACGCAAUAUCCACCACGUAGCAAGUUCACUCUGAACAUUGAGGGCGACCCCGAGGCCAAGGUGGGGCUGGUGGCCGUGGAUAAGGGUGUCUACGUGCUGAACAGCAGAAACAGACUGACCCAAAGCAAGAUCUGGGACACGGUCGAGAAACACGACAUCGGCUGCACGGCGGGAAGCGGUAGAAACAGCAUGGACGUCUUCUAUGAUGCCGGUCUGAUUUUCCAGUCCAAUGCGAAUGUGGAGACCAAAUCCAGAACAGAGCCUCACUGCCCCGCCCCCCCAAAGAGGCGGCGCCGCUCCAUCACCUUGCUGGACCUGAAGUCCUCGUUGGUCGGCAAAUACAGCACUGAGCUGCAGAAGCAGUGCUGCGCAGACGGCAUGGUGGAGAGCCUGAUGGAGUACACCUGCGAGCGCCGCGCCGAGUUCAUCAUCGACGGGGCCGAGUGUGUCAGCGCAUUUCUGCACUGCUGCAAUGAGGCUGCAACAAACCGGCAGAAGGCGGCCAAUGAGAACCUGGGGCUGGCACGCUCAGACGAUGAUGAUAACUACACCCCGGACAGAGACAUUGUGUCACGCACACAGUUCCCUGAAAGCUGGCUGUGGCAGGAGGAGACACUGCCAGCGUGCCCCAGAGGAAGGCCAGACUGUGCUUCUACAUCAAUGGAUAUUACAAAUUUUUUGAAGGACUCCAUUACCACCUGGGAGGUCACUGCUGUCAGUCUGUCAAAAAAAAGUGGAAUCUGUAUGGCGAGCCCCUUUGAGAUGAAAGUGAUGAAGGACUUCUUCAUUGACCUGAAACUACCCUAUUCUGCUGUGCGAAAUGAGCAGCUGGAGAUCAAAGCUGUACUUUACAACUACAUGGAGAAUGACAUAAGAGUUCGUGUGGAACUGAUGGAGACUGAGACAGUGUGCAGUGCGGCCCACAAGAAGAGGAAGUACCGGCAGGAGGUGGAUGUGGAUGCAAUGUCCUCCUAUGCUGUGCCCUUCGUCGUUAUCCCCAUGGGCCUCGGGGAGCACUCCAUUGAAGUCAAAGCGUCUGUCUAUGACUCCACCUUCAGUGAUGGUGUGAAGAAGAACCUGCUGGUGGUGCCUGAAGGGAUACACAUCAGGAAGGAGAUUAAAACAGUCAUUCUGAAUCCUGCUACACACAAUGGGAAUCAGAUGGAGACAGUUAAGGGUGCAGAUCUGAAGAAUAGGGUGCCUGGGUCCCCUGCUGACACAUUCAUCAGUGUGACCGGUGAGCAGAUUGGCCAGACCAUCUACCAGGUCAUCAGCGGCUCACCGCUUGGGAACCUCAUCCAGCAGCCAUCAGGCUGCGGGGAGCAGAACAUGAUUGGCCUCACAGGACCAGUAAUUGCCACGCGCUACCUGGACAGCACAGGCGAGUGGGAGAAGGUGGGAGUGGAUAAGCGAGAGACUGCCAUCAAGUACAUCCGCACAGGUUAUAUACAGGAGCUGACGUUUCGCAAGGACGACGGAUCAUACAGUGUUUGGAAACAUACACCAAGCAGCACCUGGCUGACAGCAUAUGUGACCAAGGUGUUCGCCAUGGCAUAUCGUCUCAUCAGCAUUGAGGAGAACGUGAUCUGCAGUGGCACAAAGUGGCUGAUCUUGAACGCACAGGAGCCUGACGGCACCUUCAAAGAGCAUGCCCCAGUCUACCACGGAGAGAUGGUGGGAAACGUGCGAGGGAAAGACGCUGAUGCAUCGCUUACGGCGUUUGUCCUCAUCGCGUUGCAGGAAGCGCGUCCGAUAUGCGGAGCAGACAAAGUCGGCAGUCUGCCGGAUAGCAUCAAGAAAGCCCAGGACUUCCUGACCGGCAGAAUCCGCACCCUAACCAACCCCUAUGCUGUGGCCAUGACCUCCUACGCCCUGGCCAACGAGGGCAAGCACCAGGUGGACACCCUGAUGAAGUUUGCAUCCAGAGAUAAAACCCACUGGCCGGUCAUUGGGAGCCAUCUCUUCACCCUGGAGGCCACUGCAUAUGCGCUGCUGGCUCUGGUCAGGGCCAAGGAGUUCGACAAGGCCGGACCCGUGGUGGAAUGGCUGACCAAGCAGCAGUUCUAUGGCGGAGGGCAUGGCUCCACCCAGGCCACCAUCAUGGUCUUCCAGGCCGUGGCUCAGUACUACACAGACGUGACUGAACUGAAGGACAUCAACCUUCAGGUGGAUAUCAGCGUUGCAGGUCGCAGUAAACCCCUCGCAUGGACCUUUAACAAGGGCAACGCCUACUUAACCCGCUCCCUGAAGGUCAACUAUAAUCAAGAUCUCAACAUCACAGCGAAAGGGACCGGGCAGGGGGUCGUGUCGGUCAUGACCAUGUACAACGCCUUACCUGCUGAAGAGAAAGUGGCCUGUAAGAACUUUGACCUGAAGGUGAAACUGACAAAAACAGCAACAAAGCAGGACUACCUGGAAUCGUACAAACUUGAGAUCGACAUGACGUACCUGUCUACAGAGACAGAUGCCACCAUGACUGUUCUGGACAUCACCCUCCUCACUGGCUUUGUAGCAGAUCAGGAUGACCUGAGAAGGCUAACCACAGGAAAGGACAGGUAUGUUCAGCGGUUUGAGAUGGACAAGCAGUUGUCUCAGAAGGGCUCCCUCAUCCUCUACAUGGACAAGGUCUCUCGUAAGGUGCCUGACAGAGUGGUCUUCAAGCUGCACAAGGAGCAGAAAGUGGGCAUCCUCCAGCCCGCUGGCAUCACUGUCUAUGAGUACUACUCUAUGGAGAAUCGCUGUACGCAGUUCUACCAUCCAGAGAAGAUGAAUGGGAGCCUGAACCGCAUCUGCCAUGAAGAUGUGUGCCGGUGUGCUGAAGAGAACUGCAGCUUACAGAAAAAACUUGGAAAAGAUGACCUGGACCGCUACACAGAAGCAUGUCACGCUGGUGUCGACUAUGUUUACAAAGCCAUGGUGCAGGAUGCUGUGCUCUCUCAUACCCUGGACCAUUUCAUCCUACAGAUCGUCGAGGUGAUCAAAGAAGGAACCGACACUGGGGUUCAGGGCCAAAGACGCCAGUUCAUUUCACACCCUUACUGCAGAGACGCAAUUGACCUGCAGGUGGGAAAGACCUACCUGCUGAUGGGCAAGUCGGACGACCUCAUGAAGGGCGACAAGGACAGUCUCUACAUGCUGGGAGGUGGGACGUGGAUUGAGUACUGGCCCACCAACGAGGACUGUCAGAAAGAGGAAUAUCGGCAGACCUGCCUGAGCAUCACAACUUCCACCACAGACCUCUUGACUUUCGGCUGUCCCACCUAAGCUGUCACCUGUCCGUCUGUGUGUAUGCGUGUUUGCCCAGGUGUUGUCCUUUACAAUUUCCUGCCUGAGAACAUGUUGGUUCCUCAGCCGUACUUCACCUGCUUACCACACAGAAGAAUGUAAACUUCUAAAUCUUCCGGAUCUCUCAUAGCUUUUAAGUAGAACCUUCCUUCUAAAUGAAAAUGAAAAUGAGAGAAGUUUCAGUUUCAAUCUUCACUAUGUUUUGAUAUUUCGACUCAAAUUGUCUGAAAUGAAAAAAUAAAAAACAUGAACAUAUGGAAAUAACAA